AUGGCGUCUAGUGUAUAUAACGACGAGAAAGCUCACCCUUCAGGGAACGUCCAGAACAGCAGCGACAACGACAGCGAUACCAGCAGCAUAAUCACAAUCUCAGACAUUGACUUUGAUCGCUAUACCAUAACGACAGAACAAGACUCCUCAGAUACCAUGUCCAUCGCAACAGAGCUGCCAACCUACAGCUCCGUCGCUCCUCAAGACAUUCCUGUUUCUGAGAAGCAGGAUCACAGCCCGUCUCCAGCAGGACCAUGCAAAAACCACACCCCAUCUCAAACGCCAGCCAUCGACAAACACCUCCAGAAUCCCAUCAACAGAACAUAUCUCCUGACGCUCAGCGAGGCAAUCGCAGAUCUGGCUGAUGACAAUCACUGCACCAAAUGUACAGCCGAUACUGUAGUUCGGACCCUGGCAGCUGUUACUAGAGACUUGAAGGCGGCGAAGCAGAGUGGCAGCAUGUCAAAGGAGAAGAAGAAAGCUAUGAAAAGAGAGUUCAAGGCUUUGGGAAAGGGGAUGAAGCAGGAUUUCAAGGGGAUGAAACAGGAGUUGAAGGCUGUGCAGAAGGGGUUGAAGGAUGAGGAGAGGGCGCUGAGGAGUAUAGGGGUUUGA